AUGUCUCUCUCUCUCUCUCUCUCUCUCCAGGUGACCAGCUGUGCCUGGGUGCCCGAUGGCUGCCAGCUAUUUACAGGUAGCAAGUGUGGAGUCAUCACCGCCUACAGCAACCGCUUCACCAGCACCACGCCAUCAGAGAUGGAGGUGGAAUCUCAGGUUCACCUGUACGGACACACAGGGGAGGUCACCAGCCUGUUUGUCUGCAAACCGUACAGCAUCCUCAUCAGUGUCAGCAAAGACGGCACAUGCAUCCUUUGGGACCUCAACAGACUUUGUUAUGUACAAAGUCUCACAGGCCACAAAAGCCCGGUGACCGCCGUCUCCGCCAGCGAGACCACAGGUGACAUCGCAACAGUUUGUGACUCGGUUGGCGGUGGCAGCGACCUGCGUCUGUGGACGGUGAACGGCGACCUGAUCGGUCACGUCCACUGCAGAGAGAUCAUCUGCUCCGUGGCCUUCUCCAACCAGCCGGAGGGCGUGUCUGUGAACGUCAUCGCUGGCGGGCUGAAGAAUGGUGUCGUCAGAUUGUGGAGCACCUGGGAUUUAAAACCAGUGAGAGAGAUCACCUUUCCCAAGUCAAGCAAACCCAUCAUCAGCCUGACGUACUCGUGUGACGGACACCACCUCUACACUGCCAACAACGAGGGGACAGUGAUGGCGUGGUGUCGACGGGACCAGCAGCGCAUGAAGCUGCCUAUGUUCUACUCCUUUCUGAGCAGCUACGCCGCAGGCUGACGGCGUGUCUGACGUUUACCCCUGUCCAGUUCUCAGCAAGAGAGGCACCCUCCUCCUCCUUCUCCUCAUUCUCCCCUUCCUCGGGGGAGGACUUGUCAGCAUGGCAUCAACCUCCCUGAUCCCUCCUUGACUUUGAACUAAAGCCAUCCCCAGCUGAGCAAACUCUACUCCCAGCAUUAAGAAAUGAUUAUAUAAAAUAGUAUUAUAUGUAUAUAAAUAUAUAUUUAUAAACAUACUGAAGUGGAAUGUCGUGGGGGGUUGAUGAACAUUUGUCUGCGGCUGCAACAGACACAUGAAACGCAUUUCUGAGCGUAUGUUUAGUUUGUUUAGUCUUCUCAUUCUUUUGUUUCCGACUGUUGAGAUUCUGUUGUGCAAGGAUCCUUGUGUAAUGUUGACUUCUUGGUAAGCUGCUAUCGUCUGGCCAAAACCAGUCCCGAAGUGUGAAGACCCCCUGUCUCUCAUUUCUUUGCCGCUCCGAUCUCCCGCAGCGUGACGUCUGACAGCGUGACGUCUGACAGUGUCCCACAGACGCUGCAGCAGUCUGGAGGGAGGCAGGGAGCCCAUCCUCGCGUCUGUCUGUCACCGGGACACGACCCGCUCUGUGGGAGUGAGACGCCACUCUGAGGGGCUGUCCGCUCCACUCAAGUCUGAGCUGUAGUGUCACCGCCCCACAUCCCUGUGUAUCUGAGCUCAGUGGAGGGAUGUGGGGGAAUGAAGCGCACCUUGUGUUGGAUGUUCUGUCCUACUUCUGCAUGCUGGGAUGACACUGACCUUGACUGUGUGACAUUUGCUGUCAUGAUACUUUGUUAUUAAUGCCUGCCUCAGCUGAACUGUCCUUUUGCAUUGAGAACUAUUGAUAUUGAUUUAUUUUUUAGAAUCACUGUGGUGGCUCAUCUUUCCUUCUUUGCUUCCCUCGUGUUUUACUUUCUGCUGCUAAAAUGCACUAAAACCUUUCACUACUUCAUUGAGCUCGCUGAGAUUCUAAGAGAGUGAUUAACAAACAUCAGCAGAGAGGAGUAUCCUGAACGUGCCCUUGCACUCACUGAUGCUCGGUACCUGUGCAGCAUUAAAGAAAGUUUGCAGCAGAUGGGAGGCUGGGACCGGAGUUUCUGACACUGAUGAGGUUUACAGCUGAUUUCAGAAUCUUAUACACUACACUGAUCAGUGUGAGAACCAAUCGACCAAACAUUUCUUUGGAUCCAUGCAGCUAUUCUUUACAUUCCCACUCAACCCGCACUUUCAGUUUGUCAGUCAUUAUGUGUCAGAUGGUAGUCGCAGCACUUUUCUUUUUAAACUACCAUCUAAUUCAAGGUGAGCCAAUGACCUGUGGUCUUAAUAUGAACUUUGGUUAAAUUCCACUAAUAAAUCAAGGAAGCAAUAUCAGACAUAAACAUGCAAUAGGUCAUUUUUGUUGAUAAAGAUUCAUGGGAGGAAAAGCCAGAGGUUUGUUCCGCAGCUGUGAAACUACUUGUUUUGCCUUUGUGGUGACUGCAGUGAGCCUUCUAUUGGGAAAUCACGUCUUACUUUUCACUCUUUUGUUGGAGAAAGGGAAUAUUUCUUAUCAUGUCCUGACGUCGUUCCUUUGGUUGUUUUGAUGUUUUUUCCUCUGCUCACUCAAUCUUUGUCGGUGUUACUGCGACUUGACGUUACUGCGUUUGUUUACUUUGUUUUCAUGCUCGCACUUGUACAUACAUUUCCUCCGUGUCAUUUUUAAAAGUAUUUUUUUUCUCUUUAACAUUCAUUUGUGAGAACAUGAUUUGUUUUUUGUGUUUGUUCUUUGAGAAAAUGGCAAAAAAUCUGAGAGGAAACGUGAGAAAUGUGUUUUUGUGCAUUCUGACAGAAGGAAAUAUUUUUCAGUUGAUAACUUAAGCUAUGCAUAAUUUAAGAUCAUUGUCUUAGUUUUGCUUAUAUAUUGUGUUGUGUGAUCGACCUCUUUGGGCUGGUUGUGCGAGUUUGUGAACCGAGGUUAAGAAAGGUCCUAUAUUAUAUUUUGUUUGUUUGUUUGUAUAUAUGUAU